AUGGGCGUGGGUGCGAGCCACGCUCCGUGUCCAAGCUUGCUCGAAAAGAAAUGGAGCCACUCUUGCGCACAAGAGCUCCGAGACACCGGGUCUGACUGUUGUGAAUCUACGACUCGCGAGCCUAUCUCGAUCGCCAGUCGCGCGCUCCGCACAUCCGCUGCAUUUUAUGCACCCGGCGUACUUCUCGCCAGGCUAUGCGCCGCUCCCGCCAGUACGUGUAUGGCGAACGAAAUGAACCACAAACGUCCGGGAAAAUAUUGGGCUAUCCCCGAUAUCCGUCGAUCGUUUGGUGUGGCUCAAAUCGUCGAAGGUGCUUCCAUUAUGGGUGAGAUGCAUCUGUACAGUGAGGAGCAUAAGCUCGACCCACCUUGCUGCCUGGUGCCUUGGGGUGGCGAAUGGGGAGAUGACGGUGUUCCUCGGAGCAAAUGUCGGUGUCUCGUCUUUGCGCCUGAGGUAGCGCCUCUCUUCGGACCGCUGCAGGUUGCCCUGAGCGGGUGCCGUUCUGAGAAAAGAGAGACAGGUGCUAGCAGCGCGAAAAGGCAGGAGGAAAGCUACAGCCAAGACGGGGCAAGAGAUGCUCAAGGACGCCGCGACCUGCCUCUGAUAGGGUGGGAGCCCGAGUGCGACUUUGCAAAUGCGGGCUUCCUCAGGAUUGCACUGCGCUCAGAGAGGCAAGGAAUAUUCGGGGUUCGUUGCGGCGGUCCUGUCGGCAAGCAUGUGGCCUACUGUGCGCAGCAUGAGCGGGUCGGGAGAAGAAGCGACGCCGCCGCGCCUGCUAGAACAAAGAAGCAUGACGAGGAAAAAGAUAGAAGCAGCAGGCAAAAGAAUGGUACGAGUUUACCGCUCUCCGAUCCCGGUGCGAUGAGCCGCCAAAAACAAUGUGCCUGUAUUUCUUAUGACACCACAUUGGAUGAGCGUGCUAGCGGAGAGUUGUAUCUUCAUCUUGGGUGUAGUCUUCGGGCGCUCCAUCCCUUUCGGACGAAUGAGGAGGGUGAGGUAGAGGUUAAGCGAGAUUACGAGAGGCGCAGAUAA